CCGGCGCCAAGCGGCUCCUGUGUGGGUCUGCGGGGCAGGACGCCUGGAGGCCCCGGAGCCGGACGCCGAGAUGGACGCGGUGGUCUUUGCGGAUGUGGCUGUGAACUUCUCCCGGGAAGAGUGGGCUUUGCUGGAUCGUGGUCAGCGGCAGCUCUACAGGGAUGUGAUGCUGGAGACCUGCAGGAACCUGGCCUCCCUGGUUGAUACAACUCAGGAUAAAAGGAGUGCACCAAGGCCUCAGCGGAAUGUUCUGCAGAAUGAGCUCCCCAGUGAAGGCAAGACCGUCUUAUUUGCAAGAAAUGAUUUGUGCUCUGUUUUUGGAGAAAACUGGAAAUUUCCUAACAGUGGAGAUCAGAUCCAAACCAAGGAAAGGCGUUUGAGAGGUUAUCUGGUGGAGCGGGUCUGUGAAAGCAGUGAAGAUAGUCGACGUGGAGAAACCAGAAGGCAGAUGACAAGUCUUACCGUGCGUGAGGAUCGUCCUACUGGAGACAAGUCCUGUCGCUACACCAAAUGUAGAGAAGCCUUCACAGAUGGUUCUUUCCCUGAGAAUCCACUAAGAUCCCACCCUGGACACAAACCUAGUCCCCGUGAGGAAUGUGGGUCGGCCUGCAGCUGUGUCUCGAGCCCCAGCCCUCACGUGGACCCAGGCCUUGGAGAGAAACCUUAUGAACCUCAGGACACUGGGGGAGCUUCGAAGAGAGGCAUGAAGAGUCGCGGUAGUAAAAAAUCUUUAGAGUGCAAGAAAUGUGGAAAAACUUUCACUUGCAGGUCGGCUUUUCGGGGUCAUGUGAAGGAUCACUGUGGACAGAGAGUGUAUGCAUGUGACGUGUGUGGGAAAGUCUUCACGUAUCAGUCUUACCUUACACGUCACAUGAUUACUCACACUGGGGAGAGACCCUAUGAAUGUGUAGAGUGUGGGAAAACUUUCCAGAAGUGUGGACAUUUUAAUCGUCACAUGGCCACCCACAGUACCGUGAAACCCUAUGAAUGUAACCGGUGUGGCAGAUCCUUCCGGGAUAACGCAGACCUGCGAAUCCAUAUGAGGACGCACACUGGGGAAAGACCCUAUGAAUGUCAGCAGUGUGGGAAGGCCUUCAGAUAUAUGGGAAAUCUGCGGGAACAUAUGCCAACACACACGGGCGAGAGACGGUAUGAAUGUCAGCAGUGUGGGAUGGCCUUCAAGUAUAACUCAGGCCUACGAGAACACAUGCGGAAGCACACUGGAGAGAGACCCUAUAAGUGUCAGCACUGUGAAAGAACCUUCAUUCGUCACUACACACUUGUAGUACAUACUGUGAGAUGGCACACUGAGGGUGGACACUUGGAAUGUAAGGAGUGUGGUGAAAAUUUCAGAAAGCAUCGACCUUUUGAACAUCACAUGGCCACACACGAUAUCCUGAAACCCUAUGAAUGUAAGGAGUGUGGCUCAGCCUUCAGGCGCCACAGAGACCUACAGGUACAUAUGAGGAUACACACUGGGGAAAGACCCUUCAAAUGUGAGCUGUGUGGGAAAGCCUUUAAGUCUCCUGCAAACCUUCGAGCACAUAUGAGGACACACACUGGUGAAAGCCCUUGCAAGUGUGAGCAGUGUGGGAAAACCUUCUCGACUCCUGGAAACCUGCGAGCUCAUAUGAGGACACACAGUGGAGAAUGACCUUGAAAAUGUCAGCAGUGUGGGAAAGUCUUCACUUCCUCUGGAAACCUACAAGUGUCACCACUGUGGCAAAGCCUUCAGGAGUCCAUUGUGCCUAGAAGCACACACGUGGACAUAGGGGAGAGACCUCGUAAGCACAGAGAGUGGGAAAGCGUUCAGUCGGCCUCAAGUGUUUUCAAGAUCAUUUGAAAACGCACAACACAGUUAAAUCCUAUGAAUGCAAGGAGUGUGGGAAAGCAUACAAGUUUCCCUCAUCCCUUCGAGGGCAUAUGAAGAAACACACUGGGGAGAGAACUUCACCGGUCACUACUCCCUUCAGGAACACGUGAGGAAUCACAGUGGACGGUGACCUUUUGUGAAUCUACGGUCUCUGGUAAGACAUUCUAGUAUCACACAGAACUGCAAGUAUCUGUGAUGAUACUCACUAGACGGGAAUUGUGUGAAUGUCUACGCUGUGGGAAAGCCUUCAGGUGUCCCUCUAAUCUUCAGGGAUGCUUGUGUGAGAGCACAGUGAUGUGAAACCCUGUGAAGUUAAGAACCAUGGAAAAACCUUCCAGUAUUUCCUCAAUCUGGGAGCACAGACACUGCGGGAAAGCAUUUAAUCUCCCUAAAAUCGUUUUUUAAAUGAGAGCCAAUAUACUGGAGACAAACCCGAAUGGACACAGUUUGGGGAACACUUCCUGUAUAGAACGUCAUGUAUUUUGUUCGUGACAGUUGUGGCAGGA